GGAGAAGGAGCUCUGCUGAGUGCCCUGCCAGCAGCGACCCCUUUCCUCUGCCCUGCCAGCAGCGACCCCGGUCCUCUGCCCUGCCAGCAGCGACCCCGGUCCUCUGCCCUGCCAGCAGCGACCCCAGUCCUCUGCUCUGCCAGCAGCGACCCCAGUCCUCUUCUCUGCCAGCAGCAACCCCUGUCCUCUGCCCUGCCAGCAGCGACCCCUGUCCUCUGCCCUGCCAGCAGCGACCCCGGUCCUCUGCCCUGCCAGCAGCGACCCCUAUCCUCUGCCCUGCCAGCAGCGACCCCUAUCCUCUGCCCUGCCAGCAGCGACUCCUAUCCUCUGCCCUGCCAGCAGCGACCCCUGUCCUCUGCCCUGCCAGCAGCGACCCCUGUCCUCUGCCCUGCCAGCAGUGACCCCUGUCUUCAGCUCUGUUUCCUGUACACUGCCCUACAAACUUAUGGCCUCUGUACACUGUCCUACAUAAUGCUGACCCUGUUGUUUGCCCUGCUGACCCCUUGUACACUACUCUGCUGAUUUCCAAUCUUCUGCCCCCCUGACAUUUUUCACUGCACCCCUACCCUGCCCCCAGCCACACAUGUAAACAAUCCCU